AAACUACACGAUGGGAGCAAAUACUUUGUUGACUAUUCUAGCAUUGUCUCUUUUAGUGGCCUCAGUGGCCGGAAACAGCGAUUUGGCCGGUCAGUUUUUCCAUGUGACCGGCAAAGUCCUUUGCCAGGACUGUAACAAAGGCUGGAAUGAAUGGGUCAAUGGAGCCAAGCCCAUAAAAGGCUGCAAGGUCUCAGUUACAUGUCUGGACGACAGGAACAGGGCUGUGCACUACGCGAGUGACCUCACUGAUGAUGUCGGCGAAUUUGACAUCGCGUGUAAUAAAUUUGUAAACGGGAAAGAGCUAAAGCCCCAGAAUUGCUUCUUGAGACUGGUCUCGUCACCCGAUCCUGUCUGCAACAUUGCCACCGACUUUUCGGGAGGGAAGACAGGUGUCAAGCUCAGCCACCCAGCCGUGGUUUAUAGGGACCUGAUUAAGUACGUGCUUGGCCCGUUUUAUUACACCACGCCUAUGUGUGAUAAACCGGACACCAGCAGUCCUGAUGAAGGUGAUAGUGACGAUAAUGAUGAUGAUGAUGAUGAUGGCGGCAAAGAGAGAAACUAUUAG